CUUCUCCAUCUCCCCCAAUAUUCCCAUAAAAAAGUUUAUCCCUCCGCGGCAAGAUCCAAAAUCACAUAAAGAAAAAGGGACAAGAGAGCGGAGACCUGAGGAGGAGGCGCCAUGAACAAUAGCCACGUCGAGGAGGAGGUCGGGAAGCUCAAAGAGGAGAUCCAGAGGCUCGGCCAGCAGCAGCCCGACGGCUCCUACAAGGUAAAGUUCGGUGUCCUCUUCAAUGAUGACCGAUGCGCGAACAUAUUUGAAGCAUUAGUUGGCACCUUGCGGGCCGCCAAGAAGAGGAAAUUUGUCACCUACGAAGGUGAACUGCUUCUGCAGGGUGUUCAUGACAAUGUGGAGAUAACCCUCUUCCCUCCUCCUGCUGUAGCUGCUGUUUGAAGAUUGCAGCACCGGAAAGUAUCAUGUCAUUGUGCCGGCGUGUUUAUAAUUUGUUGAGCUUAAAUUCCCAUGAACUAUCUUGUCUUCCCAGAAGAGUACUAUUGUGUGAUGUAUAAACUCCUGACCUAUGCAGUUGCUUUGUUAUGCUGCCUGUAUCUUUGUGUUGGAAACUUAGUGCUUAUAUGUAUGUCGGAAAAGACACAGUUAGGAGUACCAGCUUGGAAGUAAUGGCCAUGAGCUAUUGAGAGCGUACCAAACACUUGCUUUUUUUUUUGCGGGGGCAAAUACUUCCUUGUUUGACAAUGAAAUCUAUUGUACUUUCUUUCCUUUCUUCUCACCAUAUUAUAUAAGUGUGAAAUUGGUGUUUGGGCAA